AUCAAAUUCUCCACGUGCUUGUUCAUCCAUUAUAAAAUCUUUUAAGGAAUCCUUUAAUUUCUAACCUCCAACAAUCAUGGACUUCCAAUUACCCUCCUCCAUCACCGUGCUUCUUCAUUUGUUUUUCAUUACUUCCUGUUAUUAUCUGUGGCGAAAGUGGCAGCACCACAAAGUGGCAGAGCGCAAGCAGGCGCCUUCACCGCCGGGAGCCUGGCCCAUCAUCGGCCACCUCCAUCUUCUCCACAAUGCAAAGCUCCCCCAUCAUGCUCUUGGAGCCAUGGCCGACAAAUAUGGGCCCAUCUUCCGUCUCCAGCUCGGCUCCCGCUCGGCUCUAGUGGUCAGCAGCUGGGAAAUGGCCAAGGAAAGCAUGUGCGUUAACGACGCCGCCGCCGCCUCCCGCCCUGGUGUCUCCGGCACAAAAUAUUUCUCUUACGACUUUGCUGCCUUCGGCUUGGCUCCUUACAGUCCUUACUGGCGCGAGAUCCGUAAAGUCACUCACAUGGAGCUCCUCUCUAAUCCACGCGUUCAUCAGGUUAAGAGCCCUAUGCUCGCUCAGAUCAACACAUCGCUGACAGAGCUGCACGAAACAUGGGGUGCCCAGAAGGAUGAAUCGGGGCAGGUUGCUGUAGAAAUGAAGCGUUGGUUUGGGGAUGUGAUAAUGAAUAUGCUUCUUAAGAUCAUCAUAGGAAAACGGUGUGUGGGUCCGAACGCCGAGGGCGGUGAAAAGGAAGCCAAAGAUAUCCAAUUGGCAAUUAGGGACUCUUUCCAUUUGAUGGGUCAAGGGUUGUUGCAAGACUAUAUUCCACUGAUCGGACGGCUGGGAUUUAAUGGGCAGGUGCCAGUGAUGGAGAAUAUAGCGAAACGAUUCGACAUGGUUCUAAGCCAAUGGCUGGAAGAGCACAAGCGUAGAAGAUCAGCUUCUUCUGGUGAAAAAGACAGAGAUUUUAUGGACGCUCUCAUUUCUUUAUAUAAUGGGAAGGAGAUUGAAGGUUACUACGAUGGUGAUAUCAUUACCAAGGCCACAACCCUGAAUAUGAUUGCAGGUGGAACUGAAAGCACGACGGUGACUCUAACAUGGGCGAUGUCGUUGCUACUAAACAAUCCACAUGUUCUGGAAAAGGCGUGGCAGGAGCUGGACGCGGUGGUCGGGAGAGAGAGGAGGGUGACGGAGGACGACAUAAGCAAGCUUGUUUAUUUACAAGCCAUAAUUAAGGAGACGAUGCGAUUGUACCCUGCAGGGCCUCUGUUGGGGCCUCGUGAGUUCCACAAGGACUGCGUUGUGGGAGGCUACUUUGUUCCCAAAGGCACCCAGUUGAUCCCAAACAUUUGGAAGAUCCAAACCGACCCACGGGUUUGGUGUGAGCCGUUUGAGUUCAAGCCGGAGCGGUUUAUGAGGACCCAUAAGGAUGUGGAUUUGAAGGGGAAUCAUUUUGAGUUGAUUCCGUUUGGGAGUGGGCGGAGAGGGUGCCCGGGAGUGGCGUUUGGGCUUCAAAUGAUGCAUUUCACUUUGGCUGGGUUUUUACAGUGCUUUGAUGUCAAAAACCCCACUAAGGACCCUAUUGAUAUGUCGGAGAAUUUCGGAAUGGCCAAUGAGAAGGUGCUUCCUCUCCAUGUUUUGGUCACCUCACGGUUACCCUCUCAUCUUCACGCUUUCAAUUCAUGAAUCAAUCAUUGUCAACUUUUAUUUCCAA